GCGCCAACCAUCUCUCUUUCAUAUAUUUCUUCUUCUAACAACAAAAAACAAGGUCCCGAUAUUAAUUAAUAUCAUAUAAACACGCUUUACUAUAUAGUCCUUAUUUGACUAUUAAUAGAAAGAACAGUAACGUGAUGAUCACGAUAUUAAUAUAUAUAUAUAACAAAAUACAACAUGUUAGGUUCUAUCAAUAUCCAAAACUUAAAACCAUCUCACACUCUCUCUUCUCAAAUGGAGGCUGCUGAUUUAAUGAAACUCUCUCUUCUCCAACGAAGACACGGUGCCGUUUCACAAACCCUAGACUUGGAGCUUCUCUCUGUCAACAAAUCCUCCGAUGAACUUCUUCCACGUUACACCUCUCUCAGAGACAUCCUCCCUUCCACCACAGCCGAGUCCCCUGCCGUCUCUGUAGCGGCUCCCGUCAUCUCCAUCCGGAACCGCCUUGUAAAGCAAGCUGCUUGCGCCUACCUUCAGCCAGCUACUCCAACUCCUUCCUCUAACUCUUCGUUCCUCCGCCGUGUCUCUUCUUCUUUCCUCCGCCUUCUCUCAGCCUUAUUCGGUUCCCUCCUCCGCCUCUUCCCAUCUCCUCGACAUAUCUUGAGGGUUUAGUGAAUAAAUAAACAGAAAGAACUGUUUCAAACUUCAGUCAACAAUUUUUUUUUGUUUCUCAAACUCGUACCACAUCAUCUCUGUUUUUUUUUUUUUUUUU